AUGGUGUUGGACAACAUCAACACCAGCAAUGGCGAUGGUUUGGCUGAUGAUCAUAGUCAUGAGAACCGAAGUGAUAGCUCUGAUGCUCAUCCAGGAGUUGAAGAGAGUGAUUCUUCUGAAGAUGAGGUUGCUCCUCGAAAUACAAUUGGAGAUGUGCCCUUGGUGUGGUAUCGGGAUGAAAAACAUAUUAGUUAUGAUAUUUCUGGGAAAAAGAUCAAAAAGAAAGAAAAAGAAGAUAAAUUUCAGUCUUUCCUUGCGAGUGCAAAUGAUUCCAAAAAUUGGCGCAAAAUUUAUGAUGAGUAUAAUGAUGAGGUUGUAGAACUCAAAAAGAAAGAGACCAAACUUAUUAGUAGAUUGCUUGAAGGAAAGGCACCAGAUGCUGACUUUGAUCCAUAUGCGCCUUAUGUUGACUGGUUCAAAUGGGAUGGUGCUAAACAUCCCCUUUCAAAUGCACCUGAACCCAAGAGACGCUUCACUCGUUCAAAGAGUGAAGAUAAAAUGGUUGUUCGCUAUCGUCGAGCUAUUCGUAAGGGGUUGAUUAAAUUUGAAGAGCCUAAAGAAGAACCAUCUGUCUACCUCUUGUGGGGAGAUGAAUCCAACUCUAACGAAAAGUCUGGGCAUUUAGAUUAUAAUCCUGCGCCGAAGCCGAAAUUGCUAGGUACAACUGAUCAUCUGUUUUCUGGAAUGAAAAUCAACAUAGGAUUUAGCCCUUUUUUUCAUAGUUUUCUUUAUUAAAUUUUUGUUAAAAUU